AUGAAGCCAGCCAAGGAUUUGGUGCUGUGCGAGUCACCGUUGGUCCGUGUGCCGCGCCUGCGGCGCCUAAGCGCCGAGGCAUUGGCGGCUGCACCAAAGUUGCGAAAGGAGAACCUUUUCGUUCCUCCGGAAAGCACCAGUCCAGCAGUGCAGCGGCUGCGAGCAGCAACCAAGGAGGAGCUUACAGUGUCCUACUUGGAUGAUGCUGGACUCUUGAUGGACACAGCUGCGCGCCAAGCGGAGCUGGCGGAGCGGUACGAGUUCAGGUGCCAGUGCCCUCGCUGUUCUUCCCUUGAGGAUGACACACGAAGAUUCUCUGGCUGCUUGACCAAAGGUUGUCGAGGCGAUUUUAUCUUCAGCGGCGAGCUGAUCUGCAGCGUUUGCGGCCAAACCGCACCGCCGCCUCUUCAGCAGAGACUGCUGGAAGGCGAGGCGAAGGCCAAGGCAUCACUUCUCGCCGCCAGAUCCGGGGACCUUGAAGAGGAAGACGAAGGCCACGAGCUGAUGAAGUGCCACAGGUUUGCAUCAGCUCACCCACAUCACGGUGUGGCAUUUGCGCUGGCGAACGAAUUCGCUUUCCCAGACCCGGAGGCCCCUGCAGCCAUGUUUGAAGACAGGAUUAGUGCUGAGGCUCAGCUCAGGGGCUACAACCAGACCUUGGGCCUGGGCUCCUUGGCUGGUGCCAGCCGCACCAUCAGCAAGCAUGUGCUGUAUGACAAGCUGAUGGGCUACUGGGUGGGCCAACUUGUCGGCAACUUCAUGGGCUUGCCCUUUGAGUUUCUCUAUACCGAUUCGCCCAUGCCCAUCGAACCACAGACCUACUACGACCAGCACAUGGCGCACUCCUCAGGCCUCAGGUGCAAUUCCGAUGGGCGUGGACGGAUCCCGCAGAGGUUAAAUCAGCUGCAGGGAGCCUACACUGAUGAUGAUACAGACAUUGAGUUCGUGACGCUGCACGCCUUGAUGGAGCAUGGGCUUGGCUUGGACUACAAGCAGAUUGCCGGGUACUGGCGGAGCUAUGUCCACAUUCAGGUGAAUGGUGGGGAUGCACUUUGGUUCGCGAACAAGGUUGCGCGAGAAAACAUGAACAGGGGUCAGAUCCCGCCACAGACCGGCUCGAUGGGCCAGAACAGGUACUGGUGGACCAUUGACCCACAGCUGGUGAACGAGCUUUGGAGCGCUGUUUAUCCUGGCAUGGUUGACAAGGCGGUUGACCGAGCAGAGUGGGGAGCCAAGAUCACGAGCGACUCUUGGGGCACCCACCCCACCCGCUUCUACGCAGCACUCUACAGUGCUGCCUUCUUCAGCAACGACGUCCACAGGAUGUAUGAUAUUGGCAUGGGGAAGGUGCCAGGAGACAGCCCUUAUUACCGUGCGCUCCAAGAUGUUCGAAACUGGCAUUCCCAGAAUCCGAGCGACUGGAGGUCGACGUGGUACAAGAUCAAGGAUAAGUACACUUACUACCCUAACAAUUGCGGUGGAGUCCCUUGGAACUGUGGGGUCUCUGCGAUGGUGAACGGGGCCAUGGGUGCUAUGGCAUUCUUGUACGGGGGCGGAGACUUCAAAAGGACUACGGGCAUCGCAAUUGCUGCCGGCUUUGACUGCGACAACCAGGCGGCAACUCUCGCCGGUGUUAUUGGUGUCAUGCACGGAGCGAGAGCGAUCCCAUAUGAGCUGACUCAUAAGAUUGCCGGAAACAACUGGCAGCAGCCAUUCAACAAUCGCUAUGUCAACGAGCGUCGCCCACCUUUGCCACGUGACCAGACCAAUACGGGCAUCGUAGACAAGGUGAUGACCCUGGCCUCGCGAGCCAUCCUUGAGCAGGGUGGGCAGGACCUCGGUGACAGCUUCUUGGUACAGUUGUCUCCUUCCCUCACCUGA